AUGGUUAUAGGCAGUAUUACAUUGUUGGCGACAGGAACAAUACUGAUACUUUAUAUAAAGUAUGCAUGUGGAAUGUUUGAAAUAACCUGUUACCGUAUCGAACGAGCAAUGACAUUUGAAAUAUUACGAAAAGAUUUGAAAAAUAAAAAUAUGAUUUACAAGGGACUAAUUAACGCCGUGGAUAUGCAUCGCAAAGCUAUGAAAUUUUCUACCUCGGUAGUAUCUAGAUUUAAAAUAAUGUUCUCCUUAUUGAUAACAGUCGGCGUGAUUAGUACAACGCUCAAUUUUUUUCGGAUUUUUCAGAUAAUAUCAUUUGAAUACGAUGCAGUGGAAUUUACAUUACGUUUAAUAUACACCAUCGUCUAUUUCUCUUACUUAUUUAUAGGAAAUUAUCUUGCGCAAGAAAUUAUGGACCUCAAUAAUAAUGUAUUUAUUACCGUAUACAACGUUCAAUGGUACGUAGCACCGUUACAAAUACAAAAAAUGAUACUGUUUCUCUUGCAAAGGGGUACCAAAAGGUUCUCUAUGAAUAUUGCUGGACUGUUCGUAGGAUCAUUAGAAGGGGCUGCUACGUUGUUGAGUACUGUAGUAUCAUAUUUCACCGUUCUCCAUUCUACACGAAAUUGA